UGUUCCAACCACGUGGGCGGCGGGAUGGCGGGCGGCGCGGCGGGCGAGGCGCAGUGCCUCGGCUACACGGGAUGCAACUUCCUGCGGCAGCGCCUGGUGCUGGCCACGCUCAGCGGGCGCCCGCUGAAGAUCCGCAAGAUCCGCGCCAAGGAGGAGGACCCCGGCCUCCGCGAUUUUGAAGCAAGUUUUAUUCGCCUGAUUGACAAAGUGACCAAUGGCUCACGGAUUGAAAUAAACCAAACAGGUACUACCUUGUAUUAUCAGCCUGGUCUUCUGUAUGGAGGCUCGCUGGAACACGACUGCAGCCCCAGUCGUGGUAUUGGCUACUAUUUGGAGAGUUUGCUCUGCUUGGCACCUUUCAUGAAGCACCCAUUGAAGAUUGUCUUGAGGGGAGUAACAAAUGAUCAAGUAGAUCCUUCGGUUGAUGUCCUUAAGGCAACAGCUCUACCCCUUCUGAAGAAGUUUGGAAUUGAUGGUGAAAGUCUGGAUAUCAAGAUCAACCGAAGAGGAAUGCCUCCCAAAGGGGGUGGAGAGAUACUGUUUGCUUGCCCAGUGAGAAAAGUCUUGCAGCCUGUUCAGUUCACAGACCCUGGAAAAAUCAAGCGCAUCAGGGGAACUGCAUACUCUGUCCGGGUGUCACCACAGAUGGCAAACAGAAUGGUGGAAUCUGCAAGGGGCAUCCUGAAUAAAUUCCUCCCAGACAUCUAUAUCUACACAGAUCAUAUGAAGGGGGUCAGCUCUGGAAAAUCACCAGGUUUUGGCAUGUGCCUUACUGCAGAAACCGUCAAUGGCACUAUUCUCAGUGCUGAGCUAGCCUCAAACCCUCAGGGCCAGGGAGCAGCUGUGCUUCCUGAGGAACUGGGCCAGAAUUGUGCUAAGCUGCUGCUUGAGGAGGUCUACAGAGGAGGCUGUGUAGAUUCAACAAAUCAGAGCCUUGCUCUGCUCCUUAUGACCCUUGGACAGCGGGAUGUUUCCAAAGUCCUGUUGGGACCUCUAUCUCCAUAUACAAUUGAGUUUCUGCGACACCUAAGAAGCUUCUUCCAGAUCAUGUUUAAAAUUGAAACAAAGACCCCUGAGGAAGAGCACGUGGGGGGGGAGAAAGUCUUAAUGACGUGUGUUGGCAUUGGAUUUUGCAACCUCAGUAAAACUAUAAGAUAAAAAACAUCUACAGACUUCAAGAAAGACAGAAAAUGCUCCAAAGAUCUAAUAAAAUCUACCUGUGUCUACUUAUUCUGGCAUAGGGAGACCUGUGAUGAUUCCAGUGCGGGGGUACCCAAGCUCACUGCAUGUAAACAAUAAAGCUGAUUUCAGACUAUUUAGAUCUGUGCUAUUUAUAAAUGCAAUGCCAGUAUUCUGUGCUGCUUGGAAUGGCUCUCUGGAGUCUCAGCUGACUUGGGACUCUUUGCACUGUAUUCCACUGAAUGGGACACAAGUGCCUCAUGUCACUGUGCUCUCAAGCCUUAAUGAGGUGAGUGCUCUGGUUUAAUGUAUUUACUGAUUCCAUUUGUAGCUUCUUCUGAAAGGUUUAGAUAGAGAGGGAAAAAAAAUUUAUCAAAACAAGCUUUGCAUUUCAAAACAAGUGAUCACAACGGAAAUAUUAGAUUCUUUAGGUAAUUGUGGGGAUAAUAUUGGCAUGAAAAUAAAAGUAAAGGUAUGACAGUAAUUGUUUGUUUAUACAUUGCGUGUGUGUAGAAUUUGGCAGAUGCUCCACUCCUGUUUACAUUUACUAAAUUCACAGAAUCACAAAAUAGUCUGAGUUGGAAAGGACCCAGAAGGUUCAUUGAGUCCAACUCUUAAGUGAAUGGCCUAUAGUGGGAUCAAACCCCUGAUCUUAGCAUUAUUAGCACCAUGCUUUAACCAGCUGAGCUCAUCUCAGGGUUGCAGUUUCACAGGAAGAAUAAAAUAUCUGUCUGUUAUUUUUCCUAAUGUUAGAAUAUUGCAGAAGAGAUCACAGCCUAUACUGACUUAUUUUAGCCUCUUUUGCAAAGAUGGGCAUGGGAGAUGGGCACCCUCCAUGACAGCUUUUGACUUACCACCUACAUUCUUUUUAGGUUUGUUUGGCAUGCUAUACAUGUGGUUCACAAUUAGUUGUGAAAAGUAGCAAAAAUAACUGUAGGCUUUGAGGGAGAAAAAUGUAUUCUGUUACACCAUCAUAUUCUGUGUAUCUGCUCCCUUUUUAAAGUUCUGAUAGUGCUGUAUGGGCACUACUUGGAUUGAUAGAUACAAAAAAGUUUCUACUAAAUAAAUAUUUACCCAUGAAAGGCUUUUGGUAGAUUCCAGGCAAACCUGUUUAAAGUUAAGGCGGAAGUCCUGACACAAGGGAAGAAAUUUAUAUUUGACUCCAGACUAUACUUUGUGCGUCUGGAGGAAAAUAAAACUGUGUCAAAAGCUGGUACAUAGAGCAGAUACUAGUGACUGUGUUAUAAUGGUUUUACGAACUUUAUCUGAUGCCACUGUAAAGUGGGCAUUACCUCUGUAGUAUGAAGAAUGUAUAUUGGACCCAAAAAGGACUUUGACAAAGGUCUGAUAUUUGCUUAGUGUUUUGUUAACUACUGCAGGCCGUGUGAGUCAUUUUUUUGCUGUACUUUGUUCUUGUUGCAAUCUGUUAGACAUCUUUUGGAAAAAUAAAGUAUUUUUUUCCUA